UUUUUGGUCUUUCCUUUCCCCUCGGAAAGUGAGGAACACCCGUCCCGGAAACCAAUCUUUGGACUUUGGAGAAAUUUGAGGGGUUUACUGCUCGAUCUUAUCUUCUUCCGCAAAUCCUUAUCAGAUCCUGCAAUACACUUUACAACGUAUUUGAACUCAUCAAAAUUUCACAAACUUGAAGUAAUUCGGUCAAUGUUUUAGUCGUCGUGUUAUGCGAGGGGACAUGUUCCAAUUCGAGCAAGAGAAGAUCAGAAAACGAAUUUGAUUAUCGUUAACUUUGUUCGACUUAAACUGAAGCUUGGAUUUGUCAUCGCUUUAAGUAUAAGAUUUGCCAAUUCUUUGUAAAAUCGUCUGGUAUGGCGGACGCAUUUUCUGCCAUUCCGGCGGCCGUGCUUCGGAACUUAUCGGAUAAGUUAUAUGAGAAACGGAAGAAUGCUGCAAUUGAGGUUGAAGGGAUUGUAAAACAGUUGACAGCUGCUGGAGAUCAUGAUAAGAUCACUGCUGUGAUUAAUUUGUUGAGUCAUGAGUUUGCGUACUCGGCACAAGCAAAUCAUCGCAAGGGUGGAUUGAUUGGAUUAGCUGCUGCAACUGUUGGAUUGAGCGCUGAAGCUGCACAACAUCUCGAGCAAAUUAUACCGCCUGUGAUAAACUCUUUCUCGGAUCAAGAUAGCAGAGUUCGUUAUUAUGCUUGUGAAGCAUUAUACAACAUCGCCAAGGUUGUGAGAGGGGAGUUUAUUGUACACUUCAACAAGAUAUUCGAUGCAUUGUGUAAGCUUUCAGCAGACUCAGACCCCAAUGUACAAAGUGCUGCUCAUCUUUUAGAUAGACUUGUGAAGGACAUUGUGACAGAGAGUGAUCAGUUCAGCAUUGAAGAAUUUAUACCAUUAUUGAGAGAGCGUAUGAAUGUCUUGAAUCCGUAUGUUCGCCAAUUUUUGGUGGGAUGGAUCACAGUGUUGGACAGUGUACCAGACAUUGAUAUGCUGGGAUUUCUUCCUGAUUUUCUUGAUGGUCUAUUUAAUAUGUUAAGUGAUUCCAGCCUUGAAAUCCGGCAACAAGCUGACUCAGCACUCUCUGAAUUCCUUGAAGAAAUCAAGAACUCCCCAUCUGUAGAUUAUGGUCGAAUGGCUGAAAUACUUGUACAGCGUGCAUCUUCCCCUGAUGAAUUUACUCGUUGGACUGCAAUCACAUGGAUAAAUGAGUUUGUAAAACUUGGUGGAGAUCAACUUGUUCCUUAUUAUGCUGAUAUAUUGGGAGCUAUCUUGCCAUGCAUAGCUGAUAAAGAAGAGAAAAUACGAGUUGUAGCUCGUGAAACAAAUGAUGAGCUUCGUGCAAUCGAGGCUGACCCAGCUGAAGGUUUUGAUGUAGGGGCAAUUCUGUCCAUUGCAACAAGGCAGUUGUCUAGUGAGUAUGAGGCAACACGAAUUGAAUCAUUGCACUGGAUUUCAGCCCUUUUGAAUAGACAUCGUUCAGAGGUGUUGUCCUUUUUAAAUGAUAUUUUUGACACACUUUUGAAAGCACUAUCAGAUCCCUCUGAUCAGGUAGUCCUCUUGGUUCUUGAAGUACAUGCACGCAUAGCAAAAGAUCAGUAUAACUUUCACCAGCUUGUUGUCUUUUUAGUUCAUAAAUUUCGAACAGAUAACACACUCCUUGAAAAGCGUGGUGCUUUGAUAAUCCGGCGAUUAUGUGUGCUUCUAGAUGCUGAAAGGGUAUACCGGGAACUCUCCACAAUUCUUGAAGGGGAAGCUGACCUGGACUUUGCAUCUACUUUGGUUCAGGCUUUGAAUUUGAUUCUGCUUACAUCUUCUGAGUUGGCUGAGCUACGAGAUCUUCUAAAGCUUUCGUUAGUUAAUGCUGCUGGAAAAGACUUUUUUCUUUCACUUUAUACAUCAUGGAGCCAUUCAUCAAUGGCCAUAAUCAGUCUUUGCUUAUUAGCACAGGCUUACGAGCAUACGAGUUCUGUGAUCCAGUCCCUAACCGAAGAGGAUAUUAAUGUAAAAUUUCUGGUUCAGUUGGAUAAACUGAUCCACCUACUGGAGACUCCAAUUUUUGCUUAUCUUAGGCUUCAGCUUCUUGAAGCUGGAAGAUAUAUAUGGCUGUUAAAAGCGUUGUAUGGUCUGUUGAUGUUACUUCCCCAGCAAAGUGCGGCUUUUAAGAUAUUAAGAACUCGUUUAAAGACGGUGCCUUCAUAUUCAUAUUCCUAUUCUUUUACCAACAACAUGAGUGAGCAUGAGAGCAAGAGUGAUAAUGGAAUAAUAAUGAUAAACUUUGGAAGUUGGCUGCAAAAAUUUCAACAAAUGCAGAAGCUGCAUCGUCUUCAUUCUAAAUCACAACACACUGCUUCCAUACCGAUACCCUCAAAGGAAGUUGAAAAACCACAAGAAUCUUCCAAAAUUCUUCCAGAUAUGAAUCUCUUGAGCAGGCCACCUUCCAGAUUGUCUCGUAAAGCUCCUUGAUUUCAUUGCCUAUGGUGUAUGCUGGUAUAAAGUGUAAAUUAUAGUAUUCAUUUACUUUGUUGAACUGGUAUUGUGGGUGGGUCUUGUGGUUGCUUUAUUUUUCUUCAAAACCACAGGGGUAGAUAAGUUAGAUAUUCAUUUACAAGUUGCUGAUUGUUCAUCUCAUACACUUAUUUUUAUAAUAACAAAAUUAAUUUAUUUACAUUUUCCAAA